AUGAACACCAUGAAAAAGGAUUUCUCCAUUCUCCUUCUAAUUAUAAUCUUUUUAACAUGUUGUGCAUUUGCUUCUGUUUUCUGUCUAAACCAAGAUUUAUCAAUCCUUGUGGAUGUAAGGAGGUCGUUUGUAGAAGACCCUGAAAAUGUUCUGCAUGACUGGUCCUCCAAAACCAACCCCAAUUUCUGUACAUGGACAGGAGUCACUUGUGGUUUCACCUCCCCGGCAAACUCAGUUCAUGUAGUGAGUCUAAACCUUUCCGGAUUCUCACUCGGUGGGUCAAUAUCACCCUCGCUUGGUCGUUUACAAAACCUAAUCCAUCUUGAUCUUUCCUCUAAUCGCCUUACGGGCCCCAUCCCAACCACCCUCUCUAACCUUUCUUCCUUGGAAUCUUUGCUUCUAUUCUCCAACGAACUCUCUGGUCCCAUCCCACCUCAGCUGGGUUCACUUAGCAGUCUCCGAGUCAUGCGAAUUGGUGACAAUGGACUCACGGGUCCCAUUCCUUCCACAUUUGCCAGCCUCGUCAACUUGGUAACACUUGGCUUAGCCUCAUGCGGUCUCACAGGCCCAAUUCCCCCUCAACUGGGGCACCUCGCCCGACUUGAGAACUUGAUUCUGCAGGAUAAUCAACUUGAGGGUCCUAUCCCACCUCAGCUGGGGAAUUGUUCAAGCCUCAACGUAUUCACUGCAGCUUUCAACAACCUCAAUGGAUCCAUCCCAGCGGAAUUGGGUCGUCUCAAGGGCCUUCAAAUUCUCAAUUUGAUUAGCAACAGUCUAUCAGGGGAGAUUCCGAGUCAACUAGGUGAAUUGAGUAAAGUCGUUUAUCUCAGCUUUAUGGGUAACCAUCUUGAAGGUACAAUCCCAAAGUCAUUAGCGAACUUGGUCAAUCUUCAGAAUCUUGAUUUGUCAUUAAACAAGCUCACCGGAGGCAUUCCGGAAGAAUUAGGCAAGAUGACUAAGCUGGUGUACUUGGUUUUAUCGAACAACAAUCUUUCAGGUCCAAUUCCAAGAAAUAUAUGUUCCAACACUAGCAUUAUGGAGCAUCUAAUCCUUUCAGAAGUUCAACUUUUGGGUGAAAUUCCGGUGGAAUUGAGAAGCUGUCGAUCAUUGAAGCAGCUUGAUUUGUCCAACAAUACGCUAAAUGGGUCAAUACCGGUAGAGCUUUAUGAGCUGGUUGAAUUGACCGAUCUCUAUCUCCACAACAACACCUUGGUUGGUUCAAUUUCUCCAUUCAUAGCAAACCUCAGCAACAUGCAGACGCUUGCACUGUUUCACAACAAUUUGGAGGGCAACCUGCCUAGGGAAAUCGGAAUGCUGAGUAAACUUGAAAUCUUUUAUCUCUAUGAAAAUCAGCUAUCUGGGGACAUCCCUUCGGAGAUCGGUAAUUGUUCAAGCUUGAAAAUGAUUGACUUCUUUGGCAAUCGUUUUACUGGGGAGAUUCCCGUUACUAUUGGCAGACUCAGGGAGCUGCAUCUUCUUCAUCUGAGGCAAAAUGAGCUUGUGGGUGAAAUUCCAGCCACAAUGGGUAACUGCCAUCAACUAACUAUCCUGGACUUAGCAGACAAUCGCCUAUCUGGUGCCAUUCCCACGAGUUUCGGGUUUCUUCAAGCCCUGGAGCAGCUCAUGCUUUACAACAAUUCACUUGAAGGUAAUCUCCCCGCUCCAUUGACCAAUUUAGCGAACCUAACAAGAGUCAAUCUCUCAAAAAACAAAAUGAAUGGCAGCAUUGCUGCAUUGUGUAGUUCCCGUUCUUUGCUUUCUUUUGAUGUAACAAACAAUGCAUUUGAUGGUGAAAUUCCUCCGCUGCUUGGUGAUUCACCUUCUCUCGAGAGACUAAGAUUAGGGAAAAACCAAUUCACUGGAAGAAUCCCCGGAUCAUUGGGCAAGAUUCGUGAACUGUCACUACUAGAUCUCUCAGGUAAUUCGCUCACCGGACCUAUACCAGCUGAGCUGAUGUUGUGCAGGAAACUGAGUCAUAUUGAUCUAAACAACAACUUACUUUCUGGACCGAUACCACCAUGGCUCGGAGGUUUGCCUCAAUUAGGAGAACUUAGGCUCUCCUCCAAUCAAUUUACCGGUGCUCUUCCUCGAGAACUUUUCAAUUGUUCCAAGUUGUUGGUACUCUGCCUUGAUGGCAAUUCGCUUAACGGUACUCUCCUUGGUGAAAUCGGAAAUUUGUUAUCUCUUAACGUACUCAACCUCAACCGAAACCAACUUUCUGGACCCAUUCCUACAACCAUAGGCAACCUAAGCAAGUUAUACGAGCUACAGCUCUCAAGGAACAUAUUGAAUGGUGAUAUACCAAUUGAGCUCGGACAACUCCAGAAUCUUCAAAGCAUUCUAGAUCUCAGUUGCAACAACCUAACCGGACAAAUCCCACCUUCUAUUGGAACACUAUCCAAGCUUGAAGCCCUUGAUCUUUCUUACAAUCAACUCACGGGGGAAAUCCCUCCUCAAAUUGGUGACAUGAGCAGCUUGGGCAAGCUUAAUCUCUCCCACAACAAUCUUCAAGGCAAAUUAAGCAAACAGUUGUCACACUGGCCAGCUGAGGCAUUUGAAGGGAACUUAAAUCUUUGUGGAAGCCCUCUUGAUCGUUGCAACAACCUUGCAUCCAGCAAGCAGCAAUCAGCCCUAAGCGAAACAUCUGUGGUGGUCAUAUCGGCAAUUUCAACUUUAGCUGCAAUUGCUCUGCUGGCGCUGAUAGUAGCCAUCUUCAUGAAACAGAGGAGAGAAUAUUUAAAGAGAGCCAGUGAAGUGAAUUGCACCUACUCUUCCAGUUCUUCCCAAGCACGGAGAAGGCUACUCUUCCAGAAUGGUGCUGCUAAUCAGGACUACAAAUGGGAAGACAUCAUGCAAGCCACAAAAUUUUUAAACGAGGAGUUUGUCAUUGGCACUGGAGGGUCUGGAACGAUCUAUAAAGCUGAAUUACCAACGGGAGAAACAGUGGCCGUCAAAAAGAUUUCUUGGAAGGAGGAUCUUCUAUUGAAUAGAAGCUUCACAAGAGAAAUUAGGACACUUGGGAGGAUAAGGCACAGGCAUCUAGUGAAGUUGAUGGGGUAUUGUAGCAACAGAGUGGCUGGUUUGAAUCUCCUGGUAUACGAGUACAUGGAGAACGGAAGUGUGUGGGAUUGGCUGCAUAAGCAUCCGGUGAAUAUCAAGAAGAAGAGCCUUGAUUGGGAGGCUAGGAUAAGGAUUGCUGUGGGAUUAGCCCAAGGAGUGGAAUACAUCCACCAUGACUGCGUGCCAAAGAUUGUUCAUAGGGACAUCAAAUCAAGCAAUGUGCUGUUAGAUUCUAAUAUGGAAGCACAUUUGGGAGAUUUCGGGCUAGCAAAAUCGCUUGCUGAGAAUUAUGACUCCAACACAGAAUCAAAUUCAUGGUUUGCAGGGUCUUAUGGUUAUAUUGCGCCAGAAUAUGCUUAUACAUUGAAGCCAACUGAGAAGAGUGACGUCUACAGUAUGGGCAUUGUACUAAUGGAGCUUGUCAGCGGGAAAAUGCCAACCGAUGUCCUUUUCGGUGUAGACAUGGACAUGGUGAGAUGGGUGGAGACGCGUAUCGAAAUGCAAGGUUCUGAUCGUGGGGAACUGAUUGAUCCUGCAUUGAAACUGCUCUUACCUUGUGAGGAAUCUGCAGCAUAUCAGGUGCUUGAAAUAGCACUAAAGUGCACGAAAACCGCUGCACAAGAGAGGCCAUCUGCCCGGCAGGCAAGUGAUCUCCUCAUCCAUGUUUUGAGUAACAGGAUGGUGGAUUUUGACAAGAUGAAUACGGAACCCUACAAAUGACCUGACGUUGUUAGUUCCCAUGGAUUGAAGUUUUAAAUCACUAUAAAGAGAACUCGUUGGUGCAAUCUCAUAUUGUGAAACAUUCAUAUUAUUCGUACUUUAUGCCAAAAUCUACGCUCAGAAACGUAGAAGCCCGAGUUAGUAUUAAAAUGUUUGAAUGGCUUUUGUUGAGAAUUUUUUUUCUUUUUUUUAUAAAUAGUUGAAAGAAAAUCCAUCCAUUCUAAUAAUAUCUGUGGAAUUGGACACCAAGACAUAUUCUUCUUCUCUUCCACAUAAUCCAGCAAGCAAACAUGCAGCACCCAUCUCAUUAGUUUGAAUAAGCUGCGAUGGUUCAUACUACCUACACGACUUCAAAGUUCAAAUACCACAAAAGACAUGGCUAUUCAAGCUACACAAGCGCAAGCAAAUAGGCCGUGAGGAGGAUGACAAACCAACCCUCCCCCCUUUUUAUGUUUCCUUAAAGCAUUGCUUGAUUGUAAGGAUGAAAAGAGAUAAAACAAUGAAAAUUUUAUUAUUUUAAUGAUUAAGCAACAAAGUAAAAAAAAUUACUAUGAAUUUUAAUCAUUAUA